GCGAGUCCUCCCUCCCGCGGGCCGCGUGCCCGCCCGCACGGCUCGUUAGCUGGGCGCAGGGCCGCCUCUACCGGCUGGCGGCAGUGACUCGGCGACCUUGGCCCGGCGGCCCUAGCGGGAACCCCCCCUCACAACAGCGGCUGCAGCGCGGACUUUGACCAGAUCAGGGGGCGGUGCAACCUGCCCGUCCUCGGGCAGGCAGCGGGAUGUUGGCCUUCGCUGCCAGGACCCUGCCCUGGCAGGUGGCUGCCUCUUGCUAGGUUCUGCUCGCCCACUUGGUAGCACAGUUAGGCUUAGAGAUCCAGCCCAAGGCAGACAGACAGGGCUGAGAACCUCAGUCCUGCCAUGGAGGACGGGCAGCGGGGAGAGAAGGUGAAGCCCUUAGGCUUCCUCAAGCCCACCUCCCUGACGAGGGUUUCCGGCCGCUUCAAGGCCCACCAGGAUGCGCUGCCCCGGCUGCCCGUGCCUUCACUCCAGCAGUCCCUGGACCAUUACCUCAAGGCACUACAGCCCAUUGUGAGCGAGGAGGAGUGGACUCAAACCAAGCAGCUGGUGGAUGAGUUUCGGACCCCAGGGGGUGUUGGGGCCCGCCUGCAGAAGGGUCUGGAGCGCAGGGCCAAGAAGACAGAGAACUGGCUGUCCGAGUGGUGGCUCAAGACGGCCUACCUUCAGUACCGUCAGCCUGUGGUCAUCUGCUCCAGUCCCGGCCUGGUGCUGCCCAAACAGGACUUUGUGGAUCUGCAGGGUCAGCUCCGGUUUGCUGCUAAACUCAUCGAGGGUGUGUUGGAUUUCAAGGCCAUGAUUGACAAUGAGACCCUGCCCGUGGAGUACCUGGGCGGGAGGCCGCUGUGCAUGAGCCAGUACUAUCAGAUCCUGUCCUCCUGCCGCAUGCCAGGCCCCAAGCAGGACUCAGUCAUCAACUUCAGCGAGACCAAGAAGCCGCCCAUGCAUAUCACCGUGGUGCACAACAACCAGUUUUUUGAGCUGGACGUAUACCACAGCGAUGGGACGCCCUUCACCUCAGAUCAGAUCUUCACACAGCUGGAGAAAAUAUGGAAUUCGUCAUUGCAGACCAACAAAGAACCCGUGGGCAUCCUCACUUCCAACCACCGGAACUCCUGGGCCAAGGCAUACAACACGCUCACCAAAGACAAGGUGAACCGAGAGUCAGUGCGGUCCAUCCAGAAGAGUAUCUUUACCGUGUGCCUGGACGCACCCAUGCCUCGGGUCUCGGAAGAUGUAUACCGCAACCAUGUGGCCGGCCAGAUGCUGCAUGGUGGUGGUGGCAAGCUCAACAGUGGCAACCGCUGGUUCGACAAGACGCUGCAGUUCAUAGUGGCAGAAGAUGGCUCCUGUGGGCUUGUAUAUGAGCAUGCAGCUGCGGAGGGGCCCCCCAUUGUCGCUCUUGUAGACCACGUCAUUGAGUUCACGAAGAAGCCUGAGCUUGUGAGGUCUCCUAUGGUGCCCCUGCCCAUGCCCAAGAAGCUGCGGUUCAACAUCACCCCAGAGAUCAAGAGUGACAUCGAGAAGGCCAAGCAGAACCUUAGCAUCAUGAUCCAGGACCUAGACAUCAUGAUAGUAUUAUUCCACCAUUUUGGAAAGGACUUCCCCAAGUCAGAGAAGAUGAGCCCCGACGCCUUCAUCCAGAUGGCCCUGCAGCUGGCCUACUACAGGAUCUACGGGCAGGCGUGUGCCACAUAUGAAAGUGCCUCCCUGCGCAUGUUCCACCUGGGCCGCACAGACACCAUCCGCUCAGCCUCCAUGGACUCACUUGCCUUCGUCAAGGCCAUGGAUGACUCCAAUGUGACAGAUCACCAGAAGGUGGAGCUGCUGCGGAAGGCCGUGCAGGCCCAUCGAGCUUAUACUGACCUGGCCAUCCAUGGGGAGGCCUUCGACCGGCACCUGCUGGGCCUGAAGCUGCAGGCCAUUGAGGACCUGGUGAGCAUGCCUGACAUCUUCAUGGACACCUCCUAUGCCAUUGCCAUGCACUUCAACCUCUCCACCAGCCAGGUCCCUGCCAAGACAGACUGUGUCAUGCUCUUUGGGCCUGUGGUCCCAGACGGAUAUGGUGUCUGCUAUAACCCCAUGGAGGGGCACAUCAACUUCUCUGUGUCAGCCUACAACAGCUGUGCUGAGACCAACGCUGCUCGCCUGGCACACUACCUGGAGAAGGCCCUCCUGGACAUGCGUGCACUGAUGCAGAGCCACCCCCGGGCCAAGCUCUGAGCCACUCGUGCUCAGACCUGCCAAUGCCACAGCCAGGGCUGAACUCCUUUGCUGGGGGCCUCCUCUCUUCCCCUGGCUUCCUCAGAUCUAAGGGGGCCAUUCCCUAGUGGGACCUGCAGGCCCAAGCCAGGUGCCUUCCAUGGGUCAUCUCAGCACCUGCUGUGACCAUCCCUAGUCUGAGGCUGAGCUCAGAGGCUGAGCAGGUUGUAAGGCCCAGGUCCCCCAGCACAUCACCCACUGAGCCCACUUCCAGGAAAGGGAAUUAGCCCAGCCUGGCCUGUGUCAGAGCGUGAGACUAAGAAAAAGUCCCUUUCCUUGCCAGCUCCAUGGCUGGGCUGAGCUCUGUAACUUGAUCCCCAAACUCCAAAGAACCUAGAGACAGAUUACCUUGAGCCAAGGGGCCCUAGGCCACCUGGGCCUUUCUGAGCUGAACACCUGAGAGCCAGGGUGUAGGGAUAGGGUGAAGGUAAGGCCCAGGCCUCCUCCCUCCCUCCUGUGUCAGUGUACCAUUCCCAUGUGACUGCCAUGCUCAUUUUCGAUAACAUGGCUCACAAGCCCUGGCCCUCUCACUUCCACUCAGCUUGAUUCCCUGACCACAUUCAUGGUUGCUGUAUAAUACUAACACACGAGGUAAUUAAUAAAGGGAAAAUCUGUUGGCGAA